UUCUGGAAGAUGUCCUCUCUUCAGAUAGUGAAGAUCAGGGCACUGCUUCUAUAUGUACCAACAGAGAUAAACAAGUGCCUCUCGUCGGAAAGAAUAUAAUCAUUUUCAAGAAUAUAACAUCUGUAGUCUAUAUAUCAAAUUUAAGGAUUCAAACGAAUGAUAUAAUUUUGUUAUAAUCUAACCCUUUACAUAAAGACCGGUAAAGGAUAAAAACUAUUCACGGUGCAGCAAACCAGUGCCGCUGUCUUCAUGACUUCGUGUCUUUUUCCAGCUGCUAAAUGAGGUCAAAUAUUAGUGUCAAGGUAUGUAGACCAAACACUGUUUUCAAAGUUAAAUGUAUAAUCUACCUCUAAUCAAAAUGCCCAUACCACACAUGUGGAGCUCUGCCCCUCAUGCUGUGUAAUGUGCCGACAACAUCGUGUACAAUCGCUCCAGUAACAUUAGCAUGGAGAACGAAAUGAUGAUCAACUCUCAGGGAAGUUCAGAUGUGAGAGAUCACUUGCUGUCAUCGGUUAAUGUUGUGACCGUUUGUGAUCUGAUCGUCAAAAAUAACACCAAGAAGUAUCGCGAGCGUUUACAUACAGACAUAGUGAACAGCAUUCAUUUCCAUCGAAUGCCCAGUGAAGGCGUCAGAAAACAUGAUAGCCAAGCCAGGAGAACACGUACUAUAGUCCGUUAUGAAAUGUGUAUGCCAUCAACGAAUAAGUGGAUAAUUAAGCCAGAAAAAAGUCCUCCGCCACACAUCAGAAGGUUAUUUGAACAGCCAGUCCUGUCAAAUUAUGACACUACCUUAAAAGAGCUCAGUGAAUUCUUGCGUUCUAACCAACGAGUGCCACCUCUUCCUUCUGAUGAAAAUCUGGACGAAAAACUCCAUGAGGGUGUUUCAACGGAAACUCCAGAACUAUCAUCGCUUCAAAAGGAACCGUCAGUCUCGACACAUAAAGGUAGUCAAUCGUCCCUGCCAGGGUCAUCACUUAGUAAUGUAGUCCAAGGUGAAGAAAGAACACAGAUGGAAGAUACCCAAGAGAAUACAAAAUCUGUCCCAAGUGAAGUAAAAGUCUCGACACCUAAAGGUAGUCAAUCGUCCCUGCCAGUGUCAUCACAUAGUAAUGUAGUCCAAGGUGAAGAAAGAAUACAGAUGGAAGAUACCCAAGAGAAUACAAAAUCUGUCCCAAGUGAAGUAAAAGGCGAUGGGUCGGAAUUACUGUGUAGUGUGGACAGUGAGACACCAACCCACGAGUUGGAAAGAAUGUCUAGCUCAUCCUUGUGCAAAAAAGACCAGCCGGACGAAGACCUCGAGAAGAGACUCCUCAGCCCGCUGGAAGAGAAUCCGGUUGUUUUGGAGGACACUACUGGGAACCUCACGGAACAGCUCUGCGAAGAACAAGGAGAGACGAGCAAAAUAGUGAAAAAAAAUGCACUCCUCUUGGCUUGUCCACUUCCACCGCCUGGGACUCCUUCAUGUUCGAGUUCCAGAGAGGGCCGAGAGGGAUCAUCUCGCUUUGCUGGUAGUUCUGAAGGUGUACGUUACUUUCAGAACUUCGUACCGAAAAGGAAUCCUAAUUCCGCCUUGCCAAACACUCAAUUCAUCGAAUUCAAAACGUCAUCGCCAGAAUCAUAAACCGAGUGUCCGACCGUCUUGUGGGACUAAACUUACCAACAGUCUCAAGUCUUUAUCAUCCCAACACUUGAAUAUGAAUAAUCACGUACCCAAACUUACGUAAAUACAGAACGAAAGAAGAAAAAAGAGCUGCAGUAAAAGGGAAUUUAUUUCCUAUGUAACAUUUAUUUCUUUAUGGUUGUGUAUGCUAGUGUGUUGUUUAUGAUUUGCUGACAAGACACGAGACCAUAACAACCUUAGGACAAGAAAUCAGGCAACAACCAUUACAUGUGUAUGCAGAGAUAAAUAUGGUUAUCUUUUUAUUCGGAUUUCAUAUGCGCUUUAGAAAAAUAAAUAAACAAAAAAAGGCAGAGAAUCUUACCCAACAGCCCUAUAUCGGCGACAAGAGGACCAGCCAGUACCCGACCUCCUAUAGGUCAACUCAAAUUACGGUUACGUAGGGAGACAACGAUUGGUACGUGAAAUGUUCGUAUGCUACAAAGUGCAUGAGCUCACCAGUUGUUAUUCCAUCAGGACGGUAGCGCUGGCUGUGCUACUGUGUCCACCUGGGGAAGGGGGCGGCCUCCUCUGUCCCCCCUGAACCCUAAACAAACCAGCGGGCCAGUCAGCACUACCUGUCCGUGCUACCGACCAAUCGGCCUGUAGCUGGCAUCUUAGCCAGAAUCUACCACACAUGCAUGUUACAAACAAACAGCCAUUGGCAAGGUGUCUCGGUCCGGCUGGAAAGCGGCUCCCGUCACUCAAACCAACCCUCUAAGUACAGCUUUAUUUCUGUCCACCCUGGGUAAGUGAGAAGUACCAAUUUGCCGCAAGGUGUUUUGAUUCCGCUGGAAAGCGGCUCACGUAACUCAACCCCCUCUUUCCCCACCCCAGGGAGUUAGGUGCUAGGUUUUAGUAGACUAAGUAGGUACGUUAGAAUGGGUAUAGUAGUUCUAUGUGUAAAUUAUGUAAAUAAAUAUGUCUUUGAACCUAUUUACCUGUGUGAGCGUGUCAGUCCGAACGAAUGCUAGCGUGUCGUACGUAUGUCCUCGUCGUGUGAAUGAGGUGAACGUGUAUCACUAGCGCGAGAGAGAUUUGUGGUGUCCGUGAAGUUGUGACGCAGCAGCAGAGAGAGCAGACAUGAAGAUCCGGGGAACUGACGCACCCAAGAAAAGACACUUUUGUCUGGGAAAGAAAAGCAGGUCUUUUGUGGAUUCCAAGGUCGGCUGAGUGCGGGUGUGUAGUGGAUGGA